UAGUAUUUCUUGCACUCUGUUUUAUCUUGAGAUGGCUAAUUCUGUGGUGACCGUGAGAGACAGAGAAAGAGAGUCCAAAAGAUGGCCGCUGCUUUUCUACUGCAACUCCCAAACAACUUCAGGAACUUCUCCGUUUCGGCAUCCUCUAACGGGGCUCCUCCCGGUGUUCCUCAAUCUGGGGGUCCAGUGAUUGUGGAGAUUCCACUGGAUAGAAUUCGAAGACCACUGAUGCGUACCAGAGCUAACGAUCCACACAAGGUCAAAGAUCUCAUGGAUAGCAUCAGCCAAAUCGGCCUUCAAGUACCUAUUGACGUGCUCGAAGUUGAUGGAGUUUAUUAUGGUUUCUCUGGCUGUCACCGGUUUGAGGCUCACCAGCGACUAGGUCUCCCAAAAAUCCGUUGUAAAGUUCGACGUGGAACAAAAGAAACUUUGAGGCAUCACCUCCGCUGAGUCAUUGUGAGCUGUCUUCUCAGAGUUGGAUUGGUGACUUGCAUUGUGUGCGGUGUUUCCAGUAUAUUAUAGACUAUAGUUAUAAUUUAUUAUGGUAUGGCUGUUAUAGAGGCUUUGUAGUAAUUAUGUAUAGCAUGACAACUUAAUUUAUCUCAAGGGAAUAUGCUCGGAUGUAAGCUGUUGUUAUCAAUAAAGACAAUCAGAAAAUUGUGAUUGUUGUUGUAACUAAUGAAAAUAAGAAACAGACUUUUAAAAGUUUUUUCCA